AUGAUGUCCUCGUUCUCUGUCUGGCGCGCUGCUGCCUUCGUCCUCGCCGUGGGAUCGCUCGCCGAGGGGCGUCCUCUCCAGGGCUUUGACAUUGCCCGAGUGCCGAUCGGAGGCUUCCAUCUCGCCGCCGCGCCGUCGACCCUCCAGCUGCCACCGCCGAUGCCCGCACAAUGGCCAUCGACCGAUCGAACCGUGCUCAUCACUGGGGCGCUGCUGGCCGAUCCCCUCGUGCAAGAUGCGCUGAAGUAUGUCAACCAAGUUGUGCCCGCUGAGCUGCUGAAUGUGCCGCCCUCGACCUACAUCAUGGACUCGACCGUGACCUACAAUGCCGAUGCGGUAAAAUAUUGCUACUACCCUGCAGAUCAGUGUUUGAGAACCACAAACACCACCAACUACUUCAGCGACAUCUCCUCGUGUCCGGCCGAUUACACCUGGGGCCUCACAUUCGAUGAUGGCCCUUCCGUCGACAACGUCACCCACAAAGACACGACUGCCAUCAUGGGGAUGCUCGAUGCCAUGCAGGCCAAGGCCACCUUCUUUGUCCUUGGCUUUGAAAUGAUCCAGAACCCCCAGGUUGUCCUGGACGAGUACAACCGUGGCCACCAGAUCGGCGUCCACACCUGGACCCACCACCCCCUCACGGCGCUCUCCAACGAGCAGAUCGUCGCCGAGAUCAAGUACACCGAGGCCCUGAUCUACAAGACCAUCGGCAAAGUUUCGCUCUUCAUGAGACCUCCCUAUGGCGAUAUGGACGACCGAGUGCGUGCCAUUGUCAGCGCCCUCGGCUACACCGCUACCGUCUGGAACCAAGACGACACCGCUGCCGACCAGGUCACGACGACCGAGAGCAUUGCCACCAAGCUUGUCGGUCUGGCCACCGGCUCCUGGUUCUCGGGCAAGAACGGCUUUAUCUCCCUCAGCCACGAUCGCCUUCCCUUCACGAGCGAUGUCGUCAUGCAGAUCAUGAAGUACUACCAGCAGAACAAGGCCACGAUCAAGUACAAGAUCGCUCCCGUGGGCGACUGCGUCGGCAUGCAGUGGUACCGCAACCUCCCUGCUGCUGCGGUGACCACGACCACCACGACUAGCAGCGCCCCGUCGUCGACUGCUGCGGCUGUUCCUACGGCUCCAGUCCAGGGCAGCUUCAGUAGCGACGCCAGCACCCUGAUGCGAGCCCCGUGGACAACUCUCGUCACUUUGGCCGUCUUUAUGAUGGUCUCCAUCCGCAACUAA